AUGGUACUGGUAAAUAACUUCUCAUAUCAACAUUUACUUGACGCAUGGUGGGCUGCUACGACUACUUCCAAGCUCACUGCAAUGAACUAUACAAGAAACAUCGGCAAUGAUGACAUGUACGAUGUAUCAGCAGCAGAAUUUACCAAUGGGUCGCUUGCACCAAGAAAGUUUGCUAAGGACCAUAAAAAAGUGUUGCGGGAGGCAAAAGUCAUCUUUGAUAGCAUCAUGAAUCUUGAAUAUGCAAUCAAAAGAGAUACCCAAAGGCUCCUCAUGCCCUGA